AUUUUUCACUUCGACGUUUCAGUUUCCGUAAUGUUCUCAACGCGUUCAGAAGUGAUAUGCACAUUGGUGCGCUUGGUGUUUAUGUGAGAAUUUACAAUUUGAAUGAGACGGAACAUACGGUGAUUUGUGCGUGUGAAGAGUACAGCAUAUGCUGAAAUCCGGUGAAGCGCAGAAAAUUUCCAUAGAUUUUUAUAUCGAAUUUGAAUGGUGAUUUUUGUGGAAAAUAGUGAAAAAAUAUUGAAAAUUUUUGUGUACCGCUUGAAAUUAAAGCUUAAAAAUUCAAAUUGUCACUGAAUUUUGGGCAGAUGUCUACAGGAAAACCAGAAAUUUCGUGAUUGAAAAAAGCUGUCUGAGAUGCAUCAAACAUGAAUGAAGGUGAGUCAGCAGGAGGGGGGCAUCAACGGGCUAGCCCAGCCCCUCCUGCUGUAUCCGACCAUAGAUCAGUUUUAUCGUCAACAAAUACAACAGCAUCGGUGGCUACAACCACCUAUACGGGUAUAACCACACCAACAACAAUAACCGUUGCCACACCUGAGGCGCAUCAAGUAGUGGCGACAACGUUUGGUGAUACGACCGUUACACCUCGCAGCUUUCAACAAGCAUUCACGCAGCAACAUUUGCCAAAAUUGCAAGCACAGCAACAACAACAGCAAAUUGCUACAACAACAAACACAAGAAUAACUACAACAAAUUUACAAAAUCCACAAAACAAAUCGUUGCAACAGAAAUUUCAACAACAAGUGGCGCAGGCGCAGCAAACGUCUAUGCCGCAAACAUCACUAAUCGCGGUAACAGCAAAUACAGCGAGUGAUUUUGUUUCGUUAGCACAAAAUCCAAUUGAAAAUAUAACUGCUGGUGCACAGCAUACGCAACAACGCGGUGCAACAACGGAAACGUCGGGCAGUCUUCUAAAUAGUUUUUCAACCUCAACGAGUGCGACAAGUGUAAUUGGAGAGGCGGCGCAAGUAGAUACGUACAGCGGUUCACCGCUGGCAAAGCGUCCGAAACUAGUGGGGAGUAGUAUCGGCAGUGGUAGCCUGACUGCUUCGUUGUUGCCAGCAAGUGGGAGUGCGCAGGAGAACAGCAAUACGGCAGUGUCUGCACCAGAGGAUAUAAAUGCGCUCAAGAAGCGCAUUUUGGAGCAAAAGUAUCUCCGUUUGCGUAGUCUUAGAGAAAGACACACAGAAAAUGUCGCCGAAUUAUUCUAUUUACAAAGCGGUGGCAACAUGAUGGACUACCCGACGUGGCGUAAGAAACCACCAACCCCACAAUUCGCCACCUUUAGCAAUGCUUAUCGUCUAGAUCAGUUAGUUAACGAGGACAGAGCGGCUGCAUUAGCACAGCAACAACAACAGAAAUCAACAACUGAUAAUAUAGCAACAAUAAUUGGUGUUGCCAGCGGCAAUCAGCAGCAACAACAAUUGCAAACACAAAAACAAACACAAGACUAUUUGACUGCAAUAACAAAUAAAACGAGUGCGCAAUCUCAAAUAGCUACAGAAAUAAGUAGUAGUAAUAGUAACAGUAGUGGUGGUAGCAAUAGCAACAGCAACAGCAGUGGUACCGCAACAACAGCGGCUUCGACGAACGUUAGUCAUUUGCUUAAUGCUACAGUAGCAGCAGCAGCGGCAGCAACUACCGCCACAACAACAGCAACAACUUCGACACCUAGUAGCGCGUGUGUCAGUGGUAAUACAAGUACCACCAAUGCAAGUGGCGACGUGCUGCCACAGGGUGCUGAAAUCAAAAUUCCCGCCGUAGGUGCAACGCCUGUGGCAGUCUCCACAAAACUACCAGCCGCUGUUGUACAACUGACUCAACAAGGUCACAUACCCGGUAGACCUUUAGGAGGUCGGCACGGGAUGGUAUUUGGUCAAAUACCCGCCCCACCAGCUGUAGGAAAUACUACCUUACCUUUGGUGCCAGGUGGCACACCGCUUGUACCUGCUAUCGGUAGUAGUGUUGGUGGUGGCGGCUCACCGGCGGUGUUGCGUCGCAAUGGCAACGGUGCCGCGGCAGCUGCAUCACCCGGCACAACCGGCGUCGGCAGCAGCAGCAACAUAUUACAUGCCAAUUCACCUGCGACGACGCCCAAUGCCGUGCUGGUGCCGGCGACUGUGAAUGGUAGCGGCGCGGCCGCAGCAACGGCCAGUGGCAGCAGCAGCAAUGUCGCGCUGAGCGGCACAACCAGCAGCCUGAACACGCCCACUGCGUCGAAUAGCGUGCAAGAGUUUUCAUUCAAAGCCAAGCAAGAGGUUUAUGUGCUCCAGCGCGUGUCCGAGCUACAGCGAGAGGGAUUAUGGACUGAGAAACGUUUGCCAAAACUGCAAGAGCCCAGCCGUCCGAAGGCGCAUUGGGAUUACCUGCUAGAGGAGAUGGUCUGGUUGGCGGCAGACUUUGCACAAGAGCGCAAAUGGAAGAAGAAUGCGGCUAAGAAAUGCGCCAAAAUGGUGCAGAAAUACUUCCAGGACAAGGCGAAUGCGGCGCAGAAAGCGGAGAAGGCGCAAGAGGCGCACCUGAAACGCAUCGCCGCAUUCCUCUCGAAGGAGGUGAAAAUGUUUUGGUCCAAUGUGGAGAAAUUGGUGGAGUACAAGCAUCACACCAAGCUGGAGGAGAAACGCAAGAAGGCGCUGGAUCAGCAUUUGAGUUUCAUUGUCGAUCAGACGGAGAAGUUCUCACAGCAGUUGGCAGAGGGCAUGAAUAAGAGCAUCAUGGAUGCAACGGCCGGUGCGAGUGGUGCGCCUAGUAUGGACUCGAGCCGAAUAUCGUCGCCCAAGCGUGAGGCGGGCAAUGGUUCCGAUGAUGACUUCCGUCCAGAAUCCGGUUCCGAGGAUGACGAGGAAACCAUAGCCAAAGCGGAAGAGGAGGCGGCCGAUGUUAAAGAAGAGGUUGCCGCAUUGGAAAAAGAAUCUCAAAUGGAUCUAGAUGAUUUUCUCAAAGAUUUGCCGAAAGGCUAUUUGGAGAAUCGUGAUAAAAUCUUGCUUGAGGAGGAUGACGAAGAUUCCAAAAUGGCCACGAGCAGUCAAGAAGACGAUGCCGAUGACGCCGAAUUCGAGGCGAAUGAAGAGAGUGAUGACGAUGAGAAUACCAUAAGCAAACAAGAAGAGGAAGAAAUGGAUGUCGAUCAUCAGAAGGAAAUCGAUGAUUUGGAAGCCGAUAACGACCUGACGGUCGAACAACUGUUGGCCAAGUACAAGUCGGGCAAAAUCGAUGAACCAACAACAACGGCGACGACGACGACGACGACGACGGCGCGUGGUAAGAAGAUUGCGGCGCCGACGCCGAAAAAACGCGCCAAAAUCGAAAUCGAUUCGGACGAUGACGAAGUGGCCGACGAUGCGAGCAGCGAUGGCACUGUGGUUGAAACGGAGAGCGAGUCCGGCGGUGAAGACAGCAACGACGAGGCGGAGGCGCACACAUCGAAUGACGAAAGCGAAGAGAACGAGCAGGAAGAUGGCUUGAAAAGUCUGCUGGAGGAUACCGAGGGCAACAGCAAGGAUGACAUGAUCAAAGAUGCUGCUGCUUUGGCCGAAAGCAUACAGCCCAAAGGCAAUACGCUAUCAUCUACAAAUGUGGUAACGCCAGUGCCGUUCCUGCUGAAGCAUUCCCUGCGCGAGUACCAGCACAUCGGCUUGGAUUGGCUGGUCACAAUGAAUGAGCGCAAACUGAACGGCAUUCUGGCCGAUGAGAUGGGUUUGGGUAAGACCAUACAAACCAUUGCGCUGCUGGCGCAUUUGGCCUGCGUCAAGGGAAAUUGGGGCCCGCAUUUGAUUGUGGUGCCGUCGUCGGUGAUGCUCAAUUGGGAGAUGGAAUUCAAAAAAUGGUGUCCGGCAUUCAAAAUACUCACCUACUAUGGCACGCAGAAGGAGCGUAAGCUCAAACGCGUCGGCUGGACGAAACCGAAUGCGUUUCAUGUCUGCAUAACGUCCUACAAGUUGGUCGUGCAGGAUCAGCAGAGUUUCCGGCGUAAAAAGUGGAAAUAUCUGAUAUUGGACGAGGCGCAGAAUAUAAAGAAUUUCAAGUCACAACGUUGGCAACUGCUGCUGAACUUCUCCACAGAAAGACGCUUACUGCUCACCGGCACGCCACUACAAAACGAUUUGAUGGAACUCUGGUCGUUGAUGCAUUUCCUCAUGCCCUAUGUGUUUUCAUCGCAUCGCGAAUUCAAAGAAUGGUUCUCAAAUCCCAUGACCGGCAUGAUCGAAGGCAAUAUGGAGUACAAUGAGACGCUCAUAAGUCGGCUGCACAAGGUCAUACGCCCCUUCCUACUGCGUCGUCUCAAAAAGGAAGUCGAGAAGCAAAUGCCGAAGAAAUACGAACAUGUUGUAAUGUGUCGUUUGUCCAAUCGUCAGCGCUACUUGUAUGAUGACUUUAUGAGCCGCGCAAAAACCAAGGAGACGCUGCAGACGGGCAAUCUUUUGAGCGUCAUCAAUGUGCUCAUGCAGUUGCGUAAAGUCUGUAAUCAUCCGAAUAUGUUUGAAGUGCGUCCCACCAUAUCGCCAUUUCAAAUGGAGGGCAUUACCUAUGAGGCGCCGCGUAUUGUUUACGAUCUGCUGGAGUACGAUCCAUUUACGCACGUCGAUUUGCAUGCGCUCAACCUAGUGCUAAUCGAUUUGGAGCUCACACUCACCGCUUACGUAUCGCACAAGUCACGCGUGCUCGAAGCGCCGCGCAAGCUAAUCGAGGAAAUUGACAACGCGCCAGCACCGCCACCACCCUGUCCGCGCGGCAAAUUCAAAUUCUACAUACGCGUACGCGAUCAACAAGUACAACAGAAUUUGAGCCAUCACAGCGCGGCGACAGUGCGCGUCGGCGCCAGUCCUGCUAUGCGCACCGAAGGCAACAAAAUGGUGCCGUUGCGCGAGACGAACAACGCGAAUAUACGACUGGUGAAGCGUUUGAAUAACAUCAAUCCGAUGAAUACGUCCAAAAUGUCCACGCUCGCCAUGGCGCCCUCAACGUCGACCACCGCGGCGGCGCUGGCGGUGACCAAUAGCACAGCUGGCGGCAGUAUGGGCAAUAUACGCACCGCCAGCGGUAUAUCGCUGACACGCGUGCAAGUCGCACAGCAAACGGGCGGUAGUCUGGCGCCGCCUGCAGCUAAAAUCGCUAAACUGGUGCAACAUGGCAAUGGGAAAGAGUAUUUCAUUGUGACAUCCUCUGCCGGCAGCAGUGCACUGAGCGACACAAUAAGUGGCAGUGGUAAUGCGGCGGGCAAUCGCUUGACGCUGGUUUGUAAAAGUGGCGGCGGACAGACAAACGCGUUGAGUGGCGCGCGUGCCAAUGUAGGUAUUAAAACGAAAACGGAGAAGCUGUUGAAUACUAUUGCGCAACAAGUGAAGAGGGCGACGAACGAUGUCACGGCAAUGGACGUCGAUGAGCAAGAGACGACUGCGACGGAAACAUCCGAAGGUGAUCCGAUUUACAAUAUGCAAGAGAUACUGGAGAAGCGUAAGGAGCAGCGCAUGGCGCGUCUCAAGUUGCUGUCCAACGUGAAUCGACGCCGCAUAGACGGCGUGCCCAUAUACGGGGAGGAUUGUCGCGAUGCGCUGACGAAAUGUGUACGGCCCAGUCAGACGUUGGAAUACUCCACGUGGCAAACACGCAGCUACACAAAUUGCAGCACAGCGAUGACGCGCCGCGACAGUUGGACGCUCAGCAAGAUACUCAAAUCGUAUGAGCGGCGCGUUGAAGAGUUGCGUCAAACGUUUGGCAAUUUCGUGAUUUACGUGCCGUCGGCAUGUGCGCCGCGCAUACGUUUCUUUGUGCAGCACCUGACAUCAGGCCGUUUGCAACGCGAGCGCGCCAUUGAAAGCGGCGUCACGCAAUAUGUCUCUCCGAAGCUGGCGCUACUACAUCCAGUCAUCUCGGCGAUGACGACGCAAUUCCCCGAUCCGCGUCUUAUACAAUACGAUUGCGGUAAAUUGCAAACACUCGAUCGGCUCUUGCGUCAACUGAAGUCGGAGCAACAUCGUGUGCUCAUCUUCACGCAAAUGACGAAAAUGUUGGACGUCUUGGAGGCGUUCCUCAACUAUCAUGGUCACAUCUAUUUGCGGCUGGACGGUUCGACACGCGUCGAACAGCGUCAAUUGCAUAUGGAGCGUUUCAAUGGGGACAAGCGCAUCUUCUGCUUCAUCCUGUCGACACGUUCCGGUGGUGUGGGCAUCAAUUUAACUGGCGCGGAUACUGUGAUAUUUUACGAUUCCGAUUGGAAUCCCACCAUGGAUGCGCAAGCGCAAGAUCGCUGUCAUCGCAUCGGGCAGACGCGCGAUGUGCACAUCUAUCGUUUGGUGUCGGAGAAAACCAUCGAGGUGAACAUACUGAAGAAGGCCAAUCAAAAGCGUAUGCUCAGCGAUAUGGCCAUCGAAGGUGGUAACUUCACAACAACCUAUUUCAAGAGCUCUACCAUCAAAGAUCUCUUUAAUUUGGAGCAAGCCGAACAAGAUGGCAGCAAUGGUAGUGCUAGCGACGCUACAACUGCGAAAGACAACAAACCGUCAACCUCCACCAGCACUGCUGCGGCGAUUGUUAGUGAGCUGGGCAGCGAAAUUGAAACGGAGAAGCAGUCAUUGCGUGCUUUUGAGAGCGCUCUGGCCGCUGCUGAGGAUGAGCAAGAUGUACAGGCCACCAAGACGGCUAAAGCGGAAGCAGCUGCCGAUUUGGCAGAGUUCGAUGAAACCAUACCCAUCGACGAGGCGACCAUGGCCGAAGGCGCCGCGACGACAGAGAUGAGUAAAGCCGAUUUGGAAAUGCAAAAUCUAGUGAAACAGCUCUCGCCAAUCGAACGCUACGCCAUGCGCUUCGUCGAGGAAACCGGCGCCGCCUGGACGGCCGAACAAUUGCGCGCCGCGGAGGAGGAAAUCGAGGCGCAAAAGCGCGAAUGGGAAGCAAAUCGUUUGGCGGCAUUACAAAAGGAGGAGGAGAUGCUGAAGAAGGAGGCUGAAGCCGAGGAAAUGCUCACCUACAAUCGCAAGGAUGCAAGCAAUCAGAUUUGGAUAUCGGAUAAUACGAUGGAACAAAUGCCGAUGUGGUGUCCACCAACGCCACCGCAAGAUGACAACGACAUCUACAUCGAUUACUCGUUGACAUUUAUGUACGAGAUGGGUCCAAUACCGGAAACCGAAUUGCCACCAGUCUACAUUAAGAAGGACUACAAACGUUCACGUGGCGAUGCCGGUUUCACGAUGGAUGGCAGUCGUCGGCCACUGAAGAUGCGACGCGAAGACAACUAUGUUGCGCCACGUUCACUCUUCGAUCGACCAUCGGCGGCGAUAGCGCGCAUACGCCGAGAUUUGAAGAAUCAACGUUAUCGCGGCGUCUUCAAGCCGAACGUACAAAUACCCGGACUAAAACCGCAGACACCACAGAAACAGUUGGUGGAACCCGAAGGCAUGGUCGAGUGGACCAUCUUCGAGGAUAUUGUCAUUUUGCAUGUGCUGGUGAAUCUACAAGGGUUACCAUGCAAUCUGAUGGUGCUCUCACCGGGACACACGCCCAAUUGGGAUUUGGUGUCGGAAAUCGUCAAUUUCCAAGCGAAAACUUUCCGUUCGGCGAAACAAUGCCGUUGGCGCUACGAGAUGGUUAUACAGCCGCGUGAAGAGGGCAAAUUUGUGGAGAGCCCCAAGAAACAGAAGAAAAUGAAGGCGAUGCUAAAGUCGGAGUAUCUCAAGGGACCACUGCGUUAUCUGCGCACCACUCUGUUGUAUGCGAAUGACAACAACACCACCUUUACGAAGUUAAUGCGUUCGCGUUUCGAUUGCAUAAAGGCGGCGUAUCUGAAGAAGGCGCCACCGCCGAAGCGUCACUUUAGCACACCCAAUCUCAUGAAUCCCAAGCACAUGGAAGUGCUGCAAGAGUUCGGCAUCAGCAACUACGAUCAGCCGAUUUCGCCGCUAAAUAUUGCCGCCAUGAAAGCGAAUAAGAUACGAGAGAAGCAACGCAGUCAGUGUCCACCGCCUCCACCACCGGUGCCUGCGCAAUCAGUGCCGGUGCAACAACAGCAGCAACAAGUGCAACAACAACAGCAAACAACCGCCGUACAAAUACAAGAAAUGGUUGUGCAACAACAGAGUGUCAGCAGCGCAUCUUCUAUGCAACAAGCCAGCGGGCUACACACCCAACAGCUCCAGAUCCAGCACAUAGCCAGCGGCAAUGUACAGGGUGUCACGCAGCAGCCGACCGCCACUGCGAUUGUGCUACAACAUGCUGGCUCCUUGCCGGUGACACAUCAACAGCAAACGUCGGGCAAUGCGGCGUCACAAUCACAGCAGCAACAACAACAGCAAAUACUGCGUGCGAAUAUGGGCAACACGCAAAUCGUUAAGGCAAUCGUGGCGCCACAAUCGGGUCUACUAACUGCCGGCCAAAUGCAACAGCUGACGCAGCAAGCGGCCGCGGCAGGCGCACAACACGUACAACUGCAACAGCAAGGCGGCAAUGUCGGUUCAUCAUCGACCGUUUCGGUUGUGUUGACCACGCCCGUUCAAACCUUGAGCUCCAGCGUACAGUCGGCGCAGCAACACGUGCAAUCGUCCAACGCGCAAAUCGUCUCGAUUUCGCCACAAACUAUAGUCUCCAGCGGCGCCUCGCAGAGUGGCGGUAGCAUCGUGCAGACAAUACCAUCACAAACGCUGCCGCAAGUGGUGUCCGUAUCGCAACUUGCCACUGUCGGCACAGUGCUCACGACCUCUGCCAAUCUGCAGCCGAGCGGCACCGUCACAACGCUGAACACAUCCGCGUUGCGCGCACAACGCAUUGUGGCCGCCACCACUGGCGCGCUACAAGACGUCGUGCUGCAACAGCGCAGCGGCAAUCCGAGUCCAACAAUUGUGUCCAUGUCUAAUUUGGGUCCCAGCGUAGCGGCUGCACAAUUCCAAGCAGCGCAAUUGCGUCUUACCUCAAUGCCGGGCACAACACAGCAGGUGACAAAGGUGCCGGUCAGCACAUUGCAACAGAGCGCCAAGCUUACGGGCAACGUUGGUGGCAACGCACCGCCGCACAUACAACUGUAUCGGCAGCGUCAACAGUUGAAGGUGCUGCAGACGACAUCGGGUCAAGGCGGCGGCCAAACACUCGUACAAACCGCCAGCGGUCAAACGGCGCUCGUGAAUGCCGCCGGCACCGUUAUACAAGGUAGUCUCGUACAGACGGCCGGUGGACAGGCUACGAUGCAGGUGCAGGGACAAAAGGUCGCCGUCGCCACAGUGUCCUCUUCCAAUAUGGUUGCAGCGCCAAGUGGUGGCGUUGCCACCUCCGUGGCCACAGUACAAGUGGCGCACCAAGGACGUGCGCAGUUCAUCAAGCAGGUCGCCGGCAAGCAGACCAUAGCGCGGCAAGUUGGUGACGACAUGGUGUUGGUCAAGCGGCAGGUGAUCGGCGCACAUCAGAAGGCGCAAGUGCUGCAGCAGGGACAGAUAUUCAAUACGACCGCGACAACCGCGCAAGGCACCACCGUGCAGUUGCAACAGCAGCAGACGCAGGGUGCUGGCGGCAGCGCACAACAACAAUUGCAAGCGCAACAGCAACAACAACAAGUGCAACAAGUGACCGCGCAGCAAAUAGCGACGUUGGUGAAGACCUCAUCCGGCAUCAUCAUGCAACAAGGUGGCGGUGGCGUCACUGUCUCCACCGGCGGUGGCCAACAGCAAGGCACCACUGUGAACAUGGCGGCACUGUCUCACCUCAAACCGGGCGGUCAGAUAAAAGUGACCACCUCCAUGGCAAAUCAAGCGCAAAUGCGUCAGCUGCACAUGCAACCGCUUAACAUGCCGCGCAAAAUCAAUCGCAUGACACAGAUUGCCGCAGCCGCCCAGGGUGGCCAACAGGUGACCACCUCAGUGGGUCAAUCGCCAACCGGUGCGACCGUGGUGCAACAGCCGAAGGGCGCUGGCGGCGUACAGACGCAAUUGGUGCAAAUACAGAAUACGAAAUCGCUGCCCAGUUCGGUGACUGUGCAGCAUGUGAUGAGGCAAGGUCAGCAGGGUUCGUUGACCGCGACGGGUCUGGUGCUGAGCAAGACGAAUGUGGGCCGUGUAAUACCUGUGUCGGUGGCAUCGCAGUCGAAUCAGCGCCAAACCAUACAGGUGGUUUCCGCCGCUUCCGCUCAAGCAGCACUCGCCGCCGGCAAUCUGCGCGCGCAUGUGGCCAGUGGACAAAACAUUGCCGGCACCAUAAAAGUGGGCACGGCCGGUGGCAAUCAAUCGCAGACACAACAAACAAUACAUUUGAUACAACAACAAGUGGCCGCACAGCAAGGUCAACGACAAAAUGCAAGUCCGGUCCGAUUGCAGACGGCCGGUGGCAAUUUGGUGGCAGUCGUGCAACAACAAAGCAUACAACAGCAGCAACAACAACAAGCUAUGACCAGCUUAGCUUCGUCUGGUGCAGGGCAAGGUGAGGUGAUGACUAUAACGCAAACCAUAGCCACCUCUAGUGGUGGUGGUGGCAACCAACAGCAGCAGCAACAACAACAAACGACGGCGCAACAGGUGCGCACGCUGGUGAAGAAGAAGAUCAUGCAAAUACGCAGUGAGAAGGAGUAAUAAUGCGUUGUUGUUGUUGUUGUUGUUAUUAGUUGGAAAGAACAAGAAUUAAGAAUUACAAAAUCAAUAACAAAAAUUCAUGAAAUACAAAAACAAAAAAUUGUUGGAAACCUUGUCGAUUGUGAACUUGUGCUUUGCAAUUGCACCCAAAAAAAUGGAAAAUGUCCAAGAGUAUUAUAUUCGUAAAGAUUAUGUUUAGUUUUAGCGAUUUCUAAUAAAACUGCAUAAAUAUUGAACAGAAAAUAAAUAUAAAUAAAUAAUCUACAUAUAAAUAUAUAAAUAUAAAUAUUAGUUGUAUGUGUAAUCAAAUGGUAAAUCUUUUUUUUUUUGUUUUUUUUUUUUUUUAACUUAGCUCGUUAAAGCUUCACAAAUUGACGCACCCACUAACACACACACACACACAUGUUUCCAUAUUUCACCGUUAAUAAAUAGAUAUAUAUAUA